AUGAAUCUGGUGUCAAAGAGGAAUGAUGCUCCUUUUGAGAAAUCGGGUAUUCACGAAAAAAACAAGUCCGAAAACUUUAGGUGCACACCUAAUUGGCUCCAGCGAUUUCACAAUGCCAAAUAUCUACUUCUAAUGCUCGGUAUCUGCGCUUUUAUACAGAGUUUCGUCGUGAAUGCGAUAUUUCCUGUAGGACUGUCGACGUUGGAGAAGAGAUUCAAGAUGACGAGUACUCACACUGGAAUCAUCUCUAGCUGGUACGACUUCGCUGUCCUGCUUGUCGUUUUCCCCGUUUGUCAUUGGGGAAAUAGCGGUCACAAGGGCCGUUGGAUCGGUUGGGGUGGAGUGGUAAUGGCUCUCGGAUCGUUGGUGUGUGCUCUACCGCAUUGGCUAAUCGCACCGUACGAACCAGAAGACUCGGAUUUCAACAGCACCGAUUUCGGACAGUGCACCUUUCGGUGGGAGCCUGUAUGCGAGAGGCAGCCGUUGUCCUCCUAUCUCAAUCCGUACUUCCUGCUCUUCAUACUCGGCCAGACAUUGCACGGUGUCGGCUCGACUCCGCUCUUCUCCAUAGGCACCACGUUCAUCGACGAGAAUGUCUCUCAAAAAGCAUCGCCCGUCUAUUUAGCUAUUCAUGCCGUGCUGACUUCAUUCGGGCCGGUGAUUGGCGUUUUUGUCGGUGGUUUCCUGUUGAAUAUUUACGAUGACUUUGAUCGAGUCGACAAACCCCCGAUCACUCGUUCGGAUCCUCGCUGGAUCGGUGCGUGGUGGAUUGGUUUUUUGGCAUCGUCGAUUUCGGCGCUAGUGAUUGCGUUCCCGAUUUUGGCAUUCGCUCGUGAGCUUCCGGAAGCUAAACGACAUCGAGCUAAGGACGUUAAUCAGGCGCACGCUGUGUGCGGUAACGUGAAGGAGAAAGCACCAAAAGACGCAAAGAAACUUCCCAUAGUUAUUUUGAAAAUCUGUCGAAAUCCGACUGUUAUUGUUUGUAUUGUGAUUGGCAUAUUUGAAUCAAUUAUCAUCAAUGGAUUUGCCGCCUUUAUGCCGAAAAUUCUGGAAACUCUACUCAGCACCACACCAAUGCUGGCGUCGUAUCUUUCGUCGGUGGUCAUCUUCGCCGCAGCAGCCGGUGUGAUGGUUGGUGGAAUGGUGAUCCGUCAACUAAAAUUGCAGGUGAGUGGAAUGCUGAAAAUGAUCGUCUGCUGUCAUCUAAUAGCGCUGAUGUUCACCACAGGCCUGCUCAUCCAUUGUCCACAACGAUCUUUCGUUGGCAUUAACACCGACUACGAAGAUACAGAGAUCCACAAUAACGUAGAAUACAGCGUGGACGCUCCAUGCAACUCUGAGUGCUACUGCAAGGGUGAAUGGAAUCCGGUUUGUGAGCGAGACACAGGUCGUAUGUACUACUCAUCUUGUUUUGCUGGAUGUAAGGAGAAGAAAGACAUUGACGGGAAAAUCUUUUGGUCAGAUUGUAGCUGCGCUCUCUCCAACAUCACUCAGGAUUCGGAGUCAACGAACUCCGUGGUCAUCCAAAGAGGAUACUGCAACAUCGAUUGUGGCUAUAGCGUCUACGUAUUGAUGGUGACAUUGUUUAUUACUGUGGUGGCAAGUUUUGCUUCCGGAAUCCCUACACAGCAGAUAAUGCUUCGGGUUGUUCCAUUCGAUCAGAGAACACUAGCACUUGGCAUCAACUGGACUUUCCUGAGAUUGCUCGGAUUUAUUCCCGGCGGCAUUCUGUUCGGUAUGAUGAUUGACACUGCGUGUCUCGAAUGGGAGGAGAGCUGUGGUCGCCGCCAGAGCUGCCUCGUCUACAACCCACUGACUCUCAGUUCGGCCAUCACGGCGCUAGCAAUCGUCUGCAAGCUACUGUCGAUUCUGACGGCGCUGUUCGGUUACAUGACGUAUCGACCGACAGACCUCGACAACGGCAUAUCGAUACAGUCGGUGGAUUCACUCGGAGCGCUACAUCUGGUCGUUAACGACGACAGACCUCCUGAGCAGUUCUUUAAGCGCAAAUCUGCCAUUCAUUAG